CGAGCUGCUGACCUGUGGAGGCAGAAGGCGCUCUGUGGGAGCAGGAGAAUGAGGAUGACCUGAAGGACAAGAUGGAAUCUGCCAAGCUGCUGGGGGACCUUUGUCAGCCCCGAGGUCUUCCCCAAGCUACUCCUGGUCCACUUGGAGACCCCCUCCUCCUCCCCCCACACCCCCCUCAUGGUCCUGGCUGCCGUGCUGGGGGGCUGCUCCGGGGACCCUCUUGAAACCACACCUCCAGAAGAUCGCUGAUACGCUGGUCCAACCAGACGUCUGCCAGAGUACCAGCAGGUGAGUCUAUGACCCUUGACCUAUGGUUAUGACCUAUGGGUUGGGAAUUGGGGGGAAAAGGUAAAUGCCAUAACUACUGUGCCAGGAUCAGAUCAUUAUCCACAUGAAUGGUCUGUGGUUAGGGGUAACUAUGUUAUAUUUGAGUCUCCAGUCAGGUCAGGUGAAGUUGGCAUAUAGACGAGAGAUGAAACGGCACCCUUUCUGAGGCACUUAGUUUUGACCCUAAAAUUGUUUACAGUGACAGGUUAUUAAAAUAAGAUGCAUUUUUCUCUAUCAGGACUGUUGUAAAGCUUUUAUAGGGAUUACGGUGCUGUGAGGUCAGGGGGGUUCACCUUUGAGUACAUCACAAAAUACUGACUCCACUAACGGCCACUGAGCAAAGCACAUGUUGUUUUCACCAAUCUUUCAAUUUAAUUUCAACUGCUAGAGUCCUCACGUAACCCCCCACCCCCCCAACGAGAGAA